AUGGCACUCACAUAUCACGAAGCCAUUCUGAUCCUCCAAAUGGAGGCCACAGACCACCGCAAUACCCUCUGUGCAGCAUCCGAGACAGUUCCAUUGGGGCAUGCUGUCAAUCGGAUAACCUCAAAACAAUACUGUUCUUUACUCAACACACCUCAAUGUGAUACUUCAGCAAUGGACGGGUAUGCCGUGAACUGGCAAGUGACGCAGACAGCUUCAGAGCAUGCUCCAGUAAUAUGUCAAGUCAGAGAUACCAUUGCAGCUGGGGGGAAGGAAGUCAUCAUAAAACCAGCUGAAACAACCGCAACAGGGAAGAAGAUACCUAUAUGCGUGGAAAUCAUGACAGGAGCCCGUUUCCCGCGUGUAGACUCCCCCCAUCCUCUCAACAUCCUAGACUGCUGCGUGAAGGUAGAAGACACACGCCCACUAUCAACUAGCAUCGUCCAGGGCGACGCAGAAUCCAGUCAACGACUAAUCCAAAUCCUCAAACCUGCCCGUCUGAAUCAAAACAAGCGUUUGGCAGGCGAAGAUUUUCGGCGCGGGGAUGUGGUUGUUGAUCAGCACGUAAUGAUUAAAUCGAAUCAUGUUAUGGCGCUUGCCUCCGUUGGGGUUGGGUCUGUUGAGGUUCUGAGAAGGCCUCGUAUUGCGCUUUUCUCGACCGGGGCGGAGAUUGUCGCCCAUGGCAUUGAUGGCGAUUCGGGGCGGCAGCAAGUAUCAGAUGUAAAUGGGCCGUAUAUCACGAGUGUCUUGCGGGAAGCGUUUCCAUGCGAAGUGGACUUUCUGGGUAUUCUAGAGGAUAAUCCUACGACCGCGGCGGAUACAAUCUCAAGUCAUAUCAAGCAGAAACAGUAUGAUAUGGUGAUUACUACCGGGGCAGUGUCUAUGGGUAGAUAUGAUUUUAUUCCACAGGCUUUGAAAUUUCUUAGGGCGACGGUGUUGUUUCAUAAAGUGGCUAUGAGACCAGGCCAUCCAGCACUGUUUGCAAAGAUCGCAUCUAUUACUGGGGAGCGCAAUUCGACGAUUCCUUUCUUUGGAUUGCCGGGGAAUCCAGUGGCUGCUGCUGCGUGUUUGAGAUUCCUCGUGUUCCCAUUUUUGAGGUGUCUUCUAUUUCAGGGUUCUGAAAAGCCUAGACAGGCUGUCGUUCGGUCGUUGGAUUUGAAUGAAGAGCACGUUGCGUCAAAACAUGACGCUGGAAGGAAUGCGAUUGCUAGAUUCCCACCCGAUCGAGACAUCUUUCGCGCUGGCACAGUCAUACACCAAUCCCGAAACCAUCUUGAGGUCGAAAUGAUCCAAGACCAUAGUCCUGGAAAGAUAAGCCCCUUCCUAGCAGCCGAUUGCUGGAUACACAUUCCUCGAGAGAAGACCAUCCUGCAUCACGGAGAUGUUGUAGAUGUCUUUCUUAUUUGA